GAUGAUUGGCGAGGAGUAAAGUAAAGUCACUAUAUUAGGAAAAAAGUGCAGUUUCUAAGUGUGUUGUUAAAUGGCCACUAGGUGUCACUGCACAACAGAGAAGAUUUAGAUCAGAAUCAGCGAUUGGGGAAGAUUUGGGGUUCCCUAUAUGCAAGUGUCAGCUAUGGAGAGGCACAUAAUACAUGGGUGGUGGCAGUUUAACAAGGUGUCCUGAGUUGAAAUGAGUUUGAAGAGUUGGAUUCGACUCAGGAAGGGAAGAUGCAGAGAGACGUGCAGUUCAGCCCUAUAAUAAACAGGACAUAAAGGGUAAAGGGAGGUUUCUGUAAAUAUAAAAGUGUAACUUGAGCCAAGGAAUGUGGAGCAGCUGGGACUGAUAUUUCCUGCACUCGGGGUGGGACAGAUUGGGCUGCUGGGCUGAACCCCUUGCUGGAGAGGAGGAGGUAGGAAAAUACAUUUAAUAAAGUUCAGGAAGGAGCUGCAGUGGUGACUUGUGUAUCUCGGGCAAGAAACGGCCCCUGAUAAAUCCAAUUUACUGGAGGGAAAAGACACACAGAGAGCCCAGAGCAAGAACCAAACUGAUAUGAAAAAUUGGACCUGCUCCUGAAGAUCGUGAAUCAGAGUGUGGAACAUGGAAGUCGGUGGGAAAUUCUCGUUUAUUGUUGCCUUUCUACCCCUGCUGCUGCUGCUGGGAACAAGAGGUGAGUUUUUGUGCCCAGAUGCCAAGCGAGUAGUUAAUGUCCUGUCCAUCGCCGGUGGCCUUGCACAAUUGCCUUGCACCUUCUUCUGGCAGGGGGAGGAGCCUGAAGAUAUGAAAGUGAUCUGGCAGAAAAAGAGAGAAGGGGAAGUUGACCUGGUGGUGCAUUUUCAAAAUGGCGAUGAUGAGGAAGACGAACAGAGUGAAGAGUUCCAUGGGAGGACUUCUGUCCUUCAGGACUGGUUUAAGAAAUCAGAUGCCACCCUCACACUGGACAAUCUCUUAGACAAUGACUCUGGACUUUAUAAUUGCCAUGUUUCUUGGCUCCCAAUGGGGCCCCAGACCCAACAGAUGUGCUGUACAGUAGCCUUAACUGUAAACCCUGAGCAGAAGUCAUUGUGGGAGAGAUAUCAGAUUUCCAUCAUCCUUGGGGCUUUCCUUGCCGUUGCUGUCACUAUGUGCCUGAGCCCAGGUCACCAAAUGAAUAGUGAAAAGCGUAUCAUCUUCAUUACAACUGUGAUCAUCUUGAUGGUGGCCACGCUCCUUGUAUUCAUGGGGGAGUUGUACAAGUAACGAUCCAGGAGAAGGUGGUAAGACAAGGUCAACUCUUUCCUCUUGGCCUAGAAGACACGUGUUCCAAACCUGUUUGCCAAGAUGCCCAGUCUGCUUGCCACUCAGGGUGUAGGAAAAGUCAUACAACGAGCUGAAGAGCAGACUUGCUACAGAUGUGGAUACGGAGCUUAUCCUGUGAGGUGGAACCCAGAGUAAUGUGCUGGGAUUCUGAAAAUACCCUAGAGGCAAUUUUAUGGGGGAGAAGCAGAAAUGGACACUAUAAGGGCAGCAGAUUGGAGGAGGGGAGUGGUUUGCAACUCAGGGAGUGGGUGGGGCUACAUGAUGGUAAAGUAACAAACAAGUACUAUGUAAUGUACGGAUUGCAAUGUUUCUUUUAUGUUUAAAGGAGAACUAAAGAAGAAGGCUAGAAAGUUGUACAUGAUGUUUUGUGCUUCUGUACCAGCCCAAGGCA